AUGUCACUGCUCGAGGUAGCGCUCCCGCUCGUCCUCUUGUCGGUCCUGGUGCUCCUGCUGCGCUCGGCGCCGGCCGUAGUCGCAUCGUCCAACCCAAAGGCGCGGUACAAGCUGCCGUCGCCGGCGGCCGCGUACCGGCUGUCGAGACGCGCCGACUGGGUCGUCGAGCGGCACGGGGUGACAGUGUCCGCGACCACGGGCGGGCUCAACUCGCUCCCGAAGCGCGUGCUAGCCGGCAUUGGCGCGCGCUCAAGGGACAAGGUGCUGUGGUUCUACGACGCCGGCGUCGUCGUCUCGGUGGUCGGCAUCGCGGUCGGCAUCCUCGGCGCGAUCUGGGCCCUCUUCCGCGUAUGGUGGGCAGUAUGGGUCGAAGCUGAGGCGCAUGCCCGUGUCCAGCAUGCGCCUGACGGUGGCCUGAAACCGCGUGCCGCCGAGGGGCUCGACGCGGCGGCCGAGGGCGCCGCAAGGAUCAUCAAGCGCGCGGUCGUUGACGCGGUUGCCAAGCAUGCCUCGGGCAUCGGGAAACGAGAUGCGCCGCCUCCACAGCUGCAUACGGCUGAUGGGGGGCUGCAGCCUUUGAUCCCGGGCAUCACGACGCCACUGUCGCAUCUGCCGACGCUCGUGCUCGCGCUCGUUGUCGCCGAGCUCAUUCACGAAGCGGGGCACGCGCUCGCUGCUGCGCUGGACGACGUCUCGCCAUCAAAAUUCUCGCUCAACCUCCACCUCGUGCUGCCGAGCGCCAGCGUCAUCUUCCCUGCCAAUGCAGUCGACUACCUGCCCUUCAAGGCGCAUGCGAGGUUGGCAACUUCCGGGCCAUGGCACAACUUCGUCCUCUGGUUGGCAUUGUUUGCGCUGGGAGGAAUUAGCCCGCUGGCGUGGGGGAAUAGCAGUGCAGAGGGAAGGGUAGUUGUGGCGGUGGCGCAGGAUUCCGAGCUUGCAUCACACCUCCGACCAGGCGAUAUACUCACCCAUGUCGAUGACAUCUUCCUCGGUGGCAAGGUGGAUAUCUGGAGCAAGUAUCUCUCUGGCCAGCCUAUCCCACCAGGCACUCCAGCACCGGCUGAGCCCAAUGGGUGGUGCGUCUCCAAGUACGAGUUUGACGACGCGCCGCGUGCACCCUGCUCGCCGCACCAUAUGAUCGGGUUUGUGCGUGCCGAACACGGCGGUGGAUCAGAAACACACUGUCUGCCCGCGCACAACAUCAUCUCGAUGCCGUCGACCGAGUGCCACUGCGCCCUGUCCCAUCUCUGCGUCAAUCUCUCCCCACUAGAACACAUCCUGCGGAUCAGGAUAAAACGCGGGAGCAAGCGCGACGUUGUGUUGUGGUCGGGCGACAAGGUGGCCGUGUUGCAUCAAGUCGAGGUGGGGACCAAGGCCCCGAGGUUCUGGGCCGCGGGGACGCGAUGGGGCGACCUCUUCCUCGCAUACCUCAAGAUGGUGACCCUCUCGCUGUUCCUCUUCAACCUUCUCCCCUUGCCAUCGACAGACGGCAUUCACCUCCUCACCGCGCUCCUCCAGUCACGCGGCCACCAGCUCUCCAGACCAUCACGACAACUCGUCACCAACCCUUCAAGCCGACACCCGACAAUCAACCUGUACCGGUACGACGAGGGGUCCGACUCGGACGACAGCACCGGGGGGCCGGGUACCGGCGGUGGCGGCGAGCCUGCAUGGGCCACCGGCCGCGGGCGCCGUGAAGAGGUGUGGGCGCGCCGCCUGCGACGCGUGGUAGAGGGCUCGAUGAGCGGGCUCCUCGCCGCGUGGGCGUUGGGAUGGGCCAUGCUGGCAUUGCUGCGGUCGAGUUAGUAGACGUAUAGUAUGUGUAUGCAUCUUGCUGAGG